AUGGCACUCAACAGGCUUCCUUGGCCCAGGCUAGCCUGGAUGUGCACAGGCCUGCUGCUGCUGCUGCUGCUUCUUUCAUCCAUGGCACAUGGCAAGGAAUGCCCUCGGUUGUGUGUAUGUGAGAUCCGCCCAUGGUUUACUCCCCAGUCCACCUACAGGGAGGCAUCCACAGUGGACUGUAAUGACUUGAGGCUCACGCGCAUUCCCACUAACCUCUCCACAGAUACCCAGGUACUGCUGCUGCAAAGUAAUUCCAUCUCGCACACCAGUGGAGAGCUUGAGGUGCUAUACAACCUGACGGAGCUGGACAUGUCCCAGAACAAUUUUAGCAGUGUGGAAGCUGUGGGCCUCACCAAUAUGAACCAGCUCACAACCUUGCACCUGGAGGAGAACCAGAUCACCCAGCUGCCAGACCACUGCCUGCAGGACCUCUCUAAUCUACAAGAGCUCUAUAUCAACCACAACCAGAUUAGCUCCAUCUCCCCUGGGGCCUUUGCAGGCCUGCACAGCCUGCUGCGCCUCCACCUCAACUCCAACAGACUCCGUGUCAUAGACAGUCGCUGGUUUGAAGCCACACCUAACCUUGAGAUCCUCAUGAUCGGGGAGAAUCCAGUCAUUGGGCUCCUGGAUAUGAACUUCAAGCCUCUGAGUAGUCUAAGGAGCCUGGUUCUGGCUGGCAUGGACCUGACUGAUGUUCCAGGGAAUGCUUUGGUAGGCUUGGAUAGCCUGGAAAGUAUUUCAUUCUACGACAACAAAUUGGUCCGAAUCCCCCAACUGGCACUUCAGAAAGUUCCCAAUCUGAAAUUUCUGGAUUUGAACAAAAACCCGGUUCACAAAAUCCAAGAAGGCGACUUCAGAAACAUGCUGCACCUGAAAGAGCUAGGCAUAAACAAUAUGAUGGAGUUGGUAUCAAUUGACCGCUUUGCUCUGGACAACCUACCAGAGCUCACAAAGCUAGAGGCCACAAAUAACCCCAAACUUUCCUACAUCCACAGGCUGGCCUUUAGGGACAUGCCCUCCCUGGAGAGCUUGAUGCUCAACAAUAACGCUCUCAAUUCUCUCUACCUGAGGACAGUGGAGGCGUUGCCAAACUUGCGGGAGAUCAGUUUGCAUAGCAACCCACUGCGUUGUGACUGUAUCAUUCAGUGGAUGAGUUCCAACAGGACCAUGGUACGUUUCAUGGAGCCCCUGGCCAUGCUAUGUGCCUCCCCACCAGAGCUUCGAGGCAAGCGUGUUAGAGAACUAAGGAUAUUAGACCCCCCAGAGCAGUGCCUCCCCCUCAUAUCCCAAGACACCUUUCCUAGUCAUUUGAACCUGGAGCUUGGCAUGAGUGUAAGUCUGGAUUGCAGGGCAAUGGCUGAGCCAGAGCCUGAGCUCUACUGGGUGUCUCCUCUUGGAACGAAGAUCACUGUAGACACUGUGUCAGACCGCUAUCACCUGAAUGGUGAGGGGACCUUACAGCUGCUGCAUGUACAGGUAGAGGACUCUGGCCGUUACACUUGUGUGGCUCAGAACACAGAGGGGGCAGACACACGGGUCGCCACCAUCCGCGUCAAUGGGACCUUGCUCGACAGCACCCAGGUGAUGAAAAUCUACGUUAAGCAGACUGAGUCCCACUCCAUUCUGGUCUCCUGGAAGGUCAAUUCCAACGUCAUGACCUCAAACCUGAAGUGGGCCUCGGCCACUAUGAAGAUUGACAACCCCCACAUCACCUACACAGCACGCGUCCCCGUUGAUGUUCACGAGUACAACCUCACACACCUUCAGCCCGCCACAGAAUAUGAAGUGUGCCUCACUGUCUCCAACAUCCACCUCCAGACCCACAAAUCCUGCGUCAAUGUGACGACACGUAGCACUACGUUUGCCCUAGAUGUGUCGGACCAACACCCCAGCGCGGUGGUGCUUGUCGUCAUGGCCACCAUGCUGGCCUUUAUCAGUCUGGCCACAGUUGCCGUCUACACGGCUCGCAGAUGGAAAAGAAAGAACUACCAUCACUCACUGAAGAAGUACAUGCAGAAGACCUCCUCCAUCCCACUGAACGAGCUCUACCCUCCGCUCAUCAACCUGUGGGAGGCCGACGGUGAGAAGGACAAAGACGGUUGCGUGGAGGGGAAACCCUCUCCCGUUGACACCACACGUAGCUACUACAUGUGGUGA